AUGGUCCAAAGUAAUUAUGAAAUUACCCUGAAAGUCAAGUACAAACUCUCAGGGCUUGUUGAUGACUGUAAUCUGCAAUUAGAAAUCCAUGUAAGCAAAGUCAUUGCAAAAUGUGCCAUUGAAUCAACCAUUUCGCUGGACCCCACUCAACGUGAUUUUCUGUGGACCUUUAAAGGAGCUUAUGGUGUAGAAAUUCGUAAUAAUGUAUUAAGUGCAUCGUAUGAUGGUGGUAGUGCCGCUUUGGGUCAUCUUGUGAUGACAAUAUGGAGAAACCGUAAAAUGGGAUGUCGUGAGUGGCUCAGUCAUUCAGAAAGACUGGAUCUACGCAGUCCCAUGGAUGUGUACAAGAGCUUUAGAUUGUGUGGUGCCCAAUUCAAUCCAUCACAGUUCAUGAGCCAAGACAAGAGGAAACUUAUACACAAUGCUGUACCUUCUACCAUCUUCUCCUGCACAAAUCCGUGCAGUGGAUUGCCUGAGCUAGCACCUGGCCCCCACCCACCGCCUGUUGAUUGCAGGAAAAUGACAGAGGAGGCGGCUGGGAAGGGUGAACCAGUGUGGAUGCAGAGCCAUGUGGCACAUGCUGCGUCGGUGAGUAGUGCUGUCAGUGCCCCACCAGCGCACCUCCCGGCAGCACCAUGUGCACCAGCUGCUGAUCCGGCGAUGUCCUUGUUUCCUCGCCAGAUGCAGCUGGGGGCUCAGCCCAUCACGGAACUCAAAUUAUUUAUGCACCCCAAACCUACCAUGCAUCCACAUCUUUCGCAGGGCACUGUAUCAUCUGGCUUGCAGUUCUCUUACAUCUUCCAGGAGCGGCCACCAGCGAAACCUCCAGGAAAGGGAGAUCCUGCACAAGUGUUCUGGGUCAAACCAGAUCAAAACAACCCCCAGCAAGCUGCCCUGCCUGGUGUGAAGGACAAAAUGAAUGAGAAGGAAAUGAACUCAAAUGAAAACCAUGAAGGAGACAGCUCGUCUCUUCCGGGCAUGAGCACACCCAGUCGUCCACCACGACCACAUUCAGCUGAACGUCAGUAUAAGUGCAAGGACUGUGGGAAGGCAUUUCCACAGCCAUCGCAUUUGAUCCGUCACACUCGCACCCACACGGGCGAGCAGCCAUACAAAUGUGAUCUGUGUGGGCGUGCCUUCUCUGAUCAGAGCCAUCGGUUACGCCAUCUUCGCACCCACAUUGGAGUGCGUACGCAUAAGUGUGAGGAAUGCGGCAAGGAGUUCUUCGAGCCGAACCAUCUGGUACGGCAUGCACGACGGCACACCGGCGAGCGACCAUACCCCUGUGACCAGUGUGGCAAGGCGUUCUGCGAGCAGAGUGGCUUGAACCGGCAUCUGCGCACACAUUCGGGCGAGAGGCCAUUCAAAUGUGAGUUGUGCGGCCGGGCGUUCCCGCAGCGCAGCGAGCUGGCGCGGCACCGGCGCACGCAUUCUGGCAGCUCUGGCAGCGGCGUGAGCGGUAGCAGCGCCGGCGAUCCUAGCAGUCCUGCAGAGUCGACAAGUUCUGCCGGUCAGCCUUCAACUUCUGGAGAAACAAGGAUUAUGCCAAUCAAGGUCAGGAAGAUGGAUCAGGAUAGAACAGAGGAAUGGGGGUGCAGUUUGGCUGAGGCUGCUCCUUGGCCUUAUGGCUUGGCUGUUUUGCAGGGCUGUAAGACAUUAGUGUUACUUUGGCAUUUGAAAAUCGAACUUGAACGAUUUGCUUUGUUUUUGAAGCAGCAGCCUGAGGAAACAUCCCAGCUGCAGAAGCCCACGGAGCCAGCUUGGAUGCAGGGACCUGUUGCUCACCCCACCCCAGGACUUAGCUGCCCCCCUCCUCAUUUCUUAGCACCUUUGGUGGCGGGCCCUGACCCAUCCAUGCCCUUCUUUCCUUCACAGAUGCAGCUGGGUUCGCAGCCUUUGGCAGAGGUGAAACUAGUGAUGACACCCAAACCUAGUAUGCAUCCUCACCUGUCCCAGGGAAGAGACCCCACCAAGGGCCACUCAGGCAAGCCUGACCCUGCCCACCUGUUUUGGGUGAAACCCACGGAACAGGAUACAGCACGUGCCCAGGCAGCCGCAGCAGCGGCUGCUGCCCACCAAGCCCAACAAAACCACACCCAGAAUACUCAGCCGCAGCAGCAGCAGCAGCAGCAGCAACAGCAGAACCACCAAGGAGCUCCUGCACAAAAUCACCAUAGUCCCCAGAACCAUCAGAGCUCAACAGCACCAGGCCAUCCCCCUUCACAGGUGUCCCCUUCCAAGAGCAAGGCAUCCGGCAAGACGCAUCACAGCUGCAGCAGCAAAAGCAGUGACGGGAUCAGCCCGUGGGUAUCUCCUCAGGGCUGCAAUAUGUAGUGGUUCAAUAAGUUCCCUAAUUUAGAUCUCUUGACUUUGUACGUAUAUUUUAAUAAAUUAUAUUUAAUAUAUAAAAAAUUGACUGUGCUAAUUGUGCUUACAGAAAGUAUUGAGGUGUAAUGACUUUGACCACUGGAGGUGUACUGAAAUAAACUUCAAUUUCUAAAUAAAACUUUCUGUUUUAUUGAACAACUCUUGUCUAGAUUCUCUUCAGAAGUUGAAAUCAAAUCUGAAGGGAAAAGAUUUGAAACUCUUCCAGUUUUAGACGAUCAUAAUUUUGUGAAUGACCAUAAGUAUUAUUCAGUGCCACUUGGGCAGGGCUUUUUGUAGCAGAAAAUGCACUGAUCUGAUGUUUGCUAAUAAUUAUAUUUUUAAUAUGCUUAGUAUUUACGAGUAUAAAAUACAAACUCCAGAACAAAUAAUAAUAGUGAAGUAAUAAAUAUUCCAGCUUUUUGAGAAAAUGUGUUUAUAAUAAAAAUGUGUCAAAUGAAAGUUCUGGCAUCUUUUCAGUUAAGAAAGUCCUGUCCAUCUACUCCAUUAUUUGCAAGCAGAGAUCUUUAAGGCAGAAAAAACAUAAGGCUAUGGUUGUGUGCCGCAGGGCAUCAUCCAUCAUUGGGAGCUCGCGGAAUGGAGGAGAUCCUUUGGAGGAGUUUCGCUGCAAAGACUGUGGCAAAAUCUUCUCUCAACCUCAUCAUCUGAUUCGCCACAGACGAAUUCAUACUGGAGAACAACCGUUUAAAUGUGAAAUGUGUGGAAAAACCUUCUCUGAUGAAAGUCAUCGGUUACGUCACAUGCGCACACACAUUGGCAUCCGUAAACAUCGUUGUGAGGAAUGUGGAAAAGAAUUCUUUGAACGAAAUCAGUUGAUGCGACACUACAGACGGCAUCGUGGUGACCGCCCAUGGCGCUGCUUGCAGUGUGACAAGUCUUUCUGCGAGGAGAGUGGUCUUAAGAAGCAUAUGCAAACACAUUCUACUGAUCGGCCCUACCAAUGUGAAUACUGCAGCAGGUCUUUCUACCAGCGAAGUGAGCUACAGCGGCAUGCAGCCUCCCAUACUGGAGAUAAAAUGUUUAAAUGUGAAAUAUGUGAAAAAUCCUUUGUGGAUCGUCAUGCACUUAACAAACAUUUCAGCACACACAUGAACAUGUCACAAUCGCAUAGGUGUCAGGUUCUGUGGUCCAGCUUCCAUCCAGGGCAGUGACGGCUGGUGAGGGUUCCGGCCCUCCCAUUUAGAUGCACCAGCAGUGAAAGUAGCAGUGGCUUGUCUUCACUGAGCUCUGAUUCUGACAGUGAUCUGGAAGCCUCUCCUACUGAGGAUGAUUUUUUGUUGAACUAGUGCUAACAGGUCGGCCUCAUUUCUUCCCACACAGAAAUCUGUAUUGAGUGACCUUUGAUGAAUUCCUGGAGGAUUAACCACAUUAUUUUGAGUUGCCUUCUGUCAGGUAGUUCAAUUUGAAUGUUUUGCUUCAUGAAGCAAAUACAAAAGUAUAAUUAUUUUAAUACCUAAUGUGCAGAUACACAAUGUUUUAGGAAUAUUUUGCUGAUUCUCUUAUUUAAACUGGCUUGGAAACACUGCUAACCGCUUUCCUCCUAAAAUUGAUGGUCAUACAAAUUUACCUCUGUUGAUUUCAGUGUUUGUUUUAAAAUACUGUCUAAAGAGUAUUAGUUGAUUGUAACUAAGAACUGAGGGUUCAGAAAACUUGCAUGCUGGCCAAAUUUUAAUAUCCAUUCCAGAUUAUUGCAUUUCAUUGCAAUCUCUGUUCUUAAUGUUGUACUAUUCUUUUUAGUCUUCAAAUAUCUAAUAAGAAUUCAUAAUAGUUUCUAAUAAUCUUGUUUGUGGUUUAAGAACAGUAUUCCAUGCCAGAAAUUAAAUCCAUUAUUGUGUAUCUUUACCCUGUGAUAUUAUUUUUAACAAAUUUGACAAAUUAGUUAAUUUGUGAGAUAUCUUUAUGUAUUUUUAUGCCCACAGUAUAACACUUUUUAUCUCUGGUUGAAGUUUUGAGUGUUCUGUUAAGAAUCUGGGAGUUCAUUUUGAAAUUUUUUUUGUAUUAGAUAUAAGAAAUUUCACAAUGUAUUUCAUUGAAGACAUUCUCAGGAAAUAUUGUGCAAAAAGAACUAGAAAAUGUAAUUUAUCAGUGAAGGUUAGUUUAUAUUUGAAUUACAGUAUUGAGUAAUUUUUAUGUUGUUGAUAAAACUGUGUUUAUGCUAAAAUCACACAUUAUAUAAUUCUUCCUGAGGAUGUUUUUUUUUUGUUUUGUGAAUGAAUCACAGGAUGGAUGUAAAAGUUUUAGACAUUUCUGCCCAUGUUAAUUUACUGUGUGGCUGUAUAAUUUGAAGCCUCUCAAUUUUAAUUGACCGGCAUUCCCCAUUAUGUAAGACGCAUUUUUCGUCUUGUAUUUUACUUUUUUUAACCUUUUUAUACAAAAUAUUUAAAAGAAUGACCUUUGUUAAUGAUUUUUAACAAUAAAUAAACAAUGAGGAUG